AAUCAAAGUCGUCACGCUUUUCGUUUUGUUUGUACAAAGAGAGCACAUGACAACAAUUGUAGGAUAUCAAAUUUAGUGUAUAUUAGGGGCGUGUGAUUUAACUCGAAAGGUUCUUUCUGUACGAUAUCAGAGUGGAAUAAAUCAGAAUUUAUACGAAAACGAUUACGACUACUUCGUGUUUAUAAUAUGGCGCCCAACGUGGGGCUCGAAAUCACGACCUGAAGAAAAGAUGUCAGAAGGAGAUCUACCACGACUAAGAGCAACUCGCGGGGCCAACAGAGGAGUCAUAACGAAGCUCAUCGGCGAAGCCGAUACAAUCUUGGAAAAUGCGACCUCCGAAUUGGAUAUCAAAACGAAAAACAAGUUAACGAGAAUCGAAGAAAUGUUAAAGGAAAAAUCGAAACUGGUCUCAGAUCUAGACGAAAAAAUCGUAUCCGUCUGUAAAGUGGAGGAAAUCGAAAAGGAAAUUGACGAAGCCGAAACAUUGAAAAUGCGAGUAAUGGACGCUCUUGCGAAUAUUUCCCUCACGACAACGCCCUCGAAUACGAGUAAAACUUACACGACAACCGGUGGAUCCGCGGCACAAUUUACAGAAAACAACCCUUCUAUUCCGACCGGUUCACUAUCGACGCCUCCUUCGACUCAAGCCAUACAAACAACGGGAUCUCCUCCAGCUUCUUCAGCUCCUCCUUCGCCGAAUCAAACUUCCCAACAUAGUGGUACACCUCCUACAACAAAUGCAUCGACAUCUAAACUACCAAAGCUCACCCUACCGAAAUUUAGAGGCGAAGUGACUCAGUUCAAGCCGUUCUGGGAUACAUUCGAAAGUGCCGUCCAUUCGAACCCGAAUUUAUCGAAAAUCGCAAAGUUCAAUUAUCUAGUAGCUCAACUCGAGGGAGCAGCGUCACGCGCCAUUGCAGGGUUACCGAUUACCGAAGACAACUAUCAAGCGGCUGUGGACAUUUUGAUGAAACGAUUCGGAAAACCACAACAAAUCAUCGCUUCUCACAUGGACGAACUUUUGAAAAUCUCCGUAUGUUCUUCAGAAAGGCCUUCUCAACUCCGUUAUUUGUAUGACAAAAUCAGCGUAAACGUAAGAGGCUUAGAAGCCCUGGGCAUCAAAUCUGCACAAUAUGGAAGUCUUCUCAUUCCGGUAAUUAUGUCGAAACUUCCUCCCGAUAUACGAAUUCACGUCGCUCGCAACACUAGUCAAGAUGUCUGGGAAAUCGAACCGCUACUCGACCUAUUACAACGCGAAAUCGAAGCGAGAGAGAUGAGCGAAAGAGUUAAAACCGUCCCACCUUUAGAAUCAAAACGACAGCCUCCUCCACAUUUUGUUCCUGAUAAAUCGAAGGUUUUGCCACCCACUAUUCCACCCGGUACUUCUGGUGCCUAUCUUGCUGAUUCACAAACCCAACAGUUUGCGCCGACUUGUGUUUACUGUUCUGGGAAACAUUUCUCAGCUUCGUGCGAAACGGUCACCGAAUUAAACGCUCGCAGAACCAUCCUUGCUCGGGACAAAAGAUGUUUCAUGUGCCUUCGAAAGGGACAUCAACAGGAUCAAUGCCAGAAAACUUGCAGAAGAUGCGACAAGAGACACCAUCAAUCGAUUUGUCCACGAAACGCGAACUCCUCCAACAACAACAACAACAACAACGCGCAGAAUACAGAACGUCCCCUCAAUUCCGACCGAUCUACACAAGAAAGACCUAGGGACCAGACGAUCAACGAAAGAGAGAAUACUGGCAUCACAACAGCAACUACGACAAAUCGCGAGAGUUCAAAACCGAAUUGCAGAGUGUUACUUCAAACAGCUAAGGCUGUAGCGACAAACGAAGAUGGGACUAGAUCGACCGUGGUGAGAUUACUUUUCGACAGUGGAAGUCAGCGCUCUUACAUCACUGAGAAUUUACGAGCAACACUUCAUCUGAAAUCACUUCAAACUGAACGACUCAACUUGAACACAUUUGGAGAAGCAAAGUACAAGAAGCAGAAUUGCGAUGUUGUGAAAUUACAAGUACGAAGGUCUGGAUGCGAAGAUGCCAUUAAAAUUUCUGCUCUGACAUUUCCGGUUAUUUGUUCGCCUUUACCUGGCAAGGUCUCUGUAAACUACCCGCAUUUGGAUGGAUUGGAGCUAGCGGAUGAACCGUUUGACGCCGAAGGUUCGAUUGAUAUUCUGAUCGGCUGCGAUUAUUACUGGCAUUUUGUAACGGGGGAGACAAGACGAGGAGACGAAGGUCCCAUUGCUGUAAAUAGCAAACUCGGGUGGCUGCUGUCUGGACCAGUUAAAGGAACACUCGAUCGGAGUUAUGUUACGCAUUCAAAUUUAAUAAUCGAAGGCCAUGACGACCUAUUUGCCCGAAACGAAGACGACGUUCUCACGAACACUCUGAAGAACUUUUGGGAGACUGAGGCAAUUGGCAUUAAGGAUCUGACUCAACAGGAAACGAAGGAAUCUUUCAAAAUCGACGUUGCAUGGAGCGAAGACCGAUACGAAGUCAAUUUACCGUGGAAAGAAAAUUGUUUGCCGCUAUCCUCCAACAACUAUCUGUUGUGCGAAUCGCGAUUAAGGUCCUUACAUCACAAGCUGCGCAAAGACCCAGAGUUAUUAGCCGAAUACGACAACAUCAUUCAAGAUCAGUUAUCAAAGGGGAUAAUCGAGCAAGUACCGAAUAAAGAGAAAAUUGCUGCGCGACAUCAUUAUUUGCCUCAUCAUGCAGUAGUAAGAAAGGAUCGUGAGACUACGAAGGUACGAAUUGUGUACGAUGGGUCAGCAAAAUCUGGUAACCAAGAGAAGUCACUCAACGAUUGCCUUGAAACUGGGCCAAAUCACAUCCCACAUGUUUUCAAUAUGCUAGCGCGCUUUCGGAAGAAUCCUGUCGGUAUCACAGCUGACAUUGAAAAGGCCUUCCUUAUGGUGGGAAUCCAAGAGGAUCAUCGAGACUUUCUUCGAUUCUUAUGGUUAAGAAACCCAGAUUGCGUUAAGCCUGAAAUUGUACAAUACAGGUUCACACGGCUCGUGUUUGGGUUACGCCCCUCGCCUGCUAUUUUGGGAGCGACAAUUCUACAUCACUUACAACUACACAAACAGAGUGACCCCGAAAUCGCUGAAUUAUUGGAACAAUCUCUGUACGUGGACGACCUGUUAACGGGGGAGUCAGACGAAGAAAGAGGUCUCUCUGUUUACAAGAGAUGCAAGAAGGUUAUGUCCAGUGGAGGAUUCAAUCUCAGAAAAUGGCGAUCGAACUCGCGAAAACUACAAAUGCAAAUUACGAAACUUGAAAGUUCACCAGGAUCAGCAAACACACAACAGGAGGUCACUAAUGUCAACAAAGAAGAUGACGAAUCAUUCGCGAAAUCGAGUGUUGGUUGUGACUCAACGACUUCUGACAUCGAAGAUGCAGUAGUUAAAAUUCUAGGAAUGAACUGGAACACUCUCACAGACGAAAUUUUCUUCAAUUUCUCCGAUCUGUGCCCAUUUGCACAAGCACUUCCCCUGACCAAGCGAUCUGUUCUCAAGGUUACGGCCAAGAUCUUCGACCCCAUGGGAUUUUUGACGCCUCUAACAAUAGAGAUGAAGAUCUUGUUUCAAGAACUUUGUAUCAACAAAACAAACUGGGACGAAGAAUUACAAGGAACUUUGCUUCACCGAUGGAAAUCGUUUCUCCAAGAUCUUAAGUUCAUUGGCGGCUAUCGUAUUCCUCGAUGCUAUUUUUCGCGACAACCUGUAACCUCUCAGAUACAUGGCUUCAGUGAUGCUUCAGAACGCGCCUACGCCGCGGUGGUUUAUAUUCGAAACACGUACAGUGAUGGUCGAAUCGAAGUUAAAUUGGUCGCUUCAAAAUCGAGAGUCGCUCCUAUCAAGGCACAGACAAUUCCUCGAUUGGAAUUACUAGGAGCAUUAAUUUUGGCCCGACUUGUUAACAAGUUAAAGUCGAUUGGAGCUGAAUACACAACCGUUCUCUGGAGUGAUUCUACAACUGCUCUAUGCUGGAUCAAAAAUGAAAGAGUGUGGAAGCAGUACAUCGGUCAAAGAGUAGAAGAAAUUCGACGUCUAACUCCCAAAGAUUUAUGGAGGCACUGUCCAGGAGAAUUAAAUCCUGCCGAUCUACCAUCGCGGGGACUAUCAGCGAAAGAACUUUCUGCCAGCAAUACGUGGUGGAAUGGUCCGAGUUUUUUGUAUCAAUCCGAGAAUGAAUGGCCCGAAACUUCUCCAUCGGAACAAGUGAACAAAGAACAAAUUUUACAGGAAGCCGUCAAGAACGUACCAGAUGUAACACAUUCCCUUAUUACCACUGCCUGCGACAAAUUCAACCCGAAAGUUGACCAGAUAAUCGACAUUGGACGGUUCAGCGACAGGACGAAAUUAAUUCGAGUAACCGCGUUUGUGAUCAAGUUCAUCAACAAGCUCAAAAACCGAACACUUGAAAACCGGAAAGAAGAAAUGGAAGAUUUAACAACCACCGAAUUGAAGGACGCCGAGAAUCUGUGGAUACACUCGGUUCAAGCAUCGUCUUUUACCGAUGAACUUUCUUUUCUGACUCGAAAGGAUUCGAAAUCAACGCCACCUAUACGUGUUCCGCAGUUGGGACUGUUUCUCGACGACGAUGGAAUUAUCAGAUGCAAAGGACGGAUCGCAAAUGCUUCCCUAUCGUCUUCUGCCAGAACCCCGAUACUUUUGCCUGCCAAACACGCUUUCACCAAUCUCACUAUUAGGAAUAUUCACGAUUUAGUCAAGCAUUCUGGGAUAAGGGACACGCUUACGAACUUACGAGAACGUUUCUGGAUUCUACGCGGUCGCGAGACAGUCAAGAAAAUCAUUCAACAUUGCGUUGUCUGCCGACGGUUCUAUGCAGCACCAUGCAAACCUCCACCGUUCGCUGAUCUUCCAACCAACCGAGUCUCAGACGAUCCACCUUUUACUAAUGUUGGAAUCGACUUCGCUGGGCCAUUUUACGUAAAGGAAAACGUCAACGACGCUGAAUGUGUCAAAGUUUACGUGUGUUUAUUUACACUGAUGCGCUUCAACCCGUGCAGUGCACUUAGAGUUGACUCGUGGACUCGGUGUCCAAGAUUUCCUGCUUGCUUUCAGAAGAUUCACCAGUAGAAGAGGACUCCCGGCUAAUCUUCAAUCGGACAAUGCAAAAACUUUCAAAUCAUCAAGCAAGGAUAUUCGCAAAUUAGUACGGUCACCGGAAGUUUGGCGAUAUUUAACCAACAAUCAAAUCAGUUGGAAUUUCAUUGUGGAAAAGGCGCCGUGGUGGGGAGGCUACUGGGAAAGGCUUGUUCGCAGCGUAAAGUCUCCUAUCCAAAAAACCAUCGGAAAAUCUACCCUCACCCACGAGGAGCUAAGUACUCUGUUAACGGAAAUAGAAGGGCUGAUCAACGCAAGGCCGCUGACUUAUGUGUAUGACGACGAGGAAUCGAUCUCGUAUCCCUUAACGCCAUCGGAUCUGAUUUAUGGUCGAAGAGUUACUACAACUCCGAACAGUCAACAUUUCGAAAUCACUAGCACCUACGAUUCUCUGACGAAGCGACUUAAACAUCAUAGACAUCUGUUGGGACAAUUCACUCGUCGAUGGCGAAAUUAAUAUUUAACCAGCUUAA